AUGCUCGCCGCGGUCGCGCUGCGACUCGCACGCGGCUCCACCGCGCGUGCAUCGACGUCUUCCUCGUCCGUCGCCUCCGUUAUCGCGCGCUAUCGGGCUUAUGGCGUGCUCAGCGACCCGAACACUUUCGAGCUCCUCCAAGGUCCUGAGGGCCGCUUGAUCAUCGAUUCGUACGACGAUCGCGGAUUCGUCAUCAAUGGCGCGUACUGCGAGGGUUCGCUGUUCGCGUACGAAAAGGCGCACGCGGCGUGGAGACCGCGCGCCGCGAGCGCGAUCACGAGAGCGUCGCUCGCGGCGCUCGAGAUAUUGGAUCCCGUCCCGGAUUUACUCAUCGUCGGGACCGGUCGCGUGGUGCAACCGCUGAGCGAGGAGGUGUUGGAGUAUCUCAGAGAGCUCGGCGUCGCAGCGGACGUGAGCGAUACGUCGCGCGCGACGAGCACGUUCAACGUCCUCGUGGAGGAGGGACGGAGCGUCGCCGCGGUGCUCAUACCAGUGGGUUCGUAG